UUACACGUUCCUCUUCGCCUACCCUCUCAGUCUUCAAUUAGGGUUUCCGUCUUUCCCAGGCCGCAGAGACACACAGCUCAAACUCGAAAAUGGUGAAGGGUCGUCAAGGAGAGCGCGUCAGACUCUAUGUACGAGGAACCAUCCUCGGAUACAAGAGGUCGAAGUCGAACCAGUACCCAAACACAUCGUUGAUCCAGAUCGAGGGUGUGAACACGAAAGAGGAGGUGGGGUGGUACGCAGGUAAGCGCAUGGCUUAUAUCUACAAGGCUAAGGUGAAGAAGGACGGGUCUCACUAUCGGUGCAUUUGGGGCAAGGUGGCUAGGCCUCAUGGUAACAGUGGUGUUGUUCGCGCCAAGUUCAAGUCCAACCUCCCCCCCAAAUCCAUGGGAGCUAGAGUGAGAGUGUUCAUGUACCCCAGCAAUAUAUGAGCACAGUGGUUUAUAUAGAGGCUAGUUUGGAGGUCGGCAGUGAAACAGUGAUUUUCAAUUUAUUUUUGUACUCAAGAAUCGAAUUAGAUUGUUCUGGCUUUUUUUUUUCUUUUUUUCUUUUUUUUGCGUACUUUGGUUAUUAUUGAUAUGGAAUAUUCGUGGAACACUUGUGCCAGUUUUGAAUUUGUAACCUGUUAGUCAUUUACUCUUUCAUGCGGAGUAUUUAUGUUUUUCCAGUUAUUGAUUUGUGCUACAUCCAGAAA